AUGCGAUGGCAUAGCUUUCUCGGUCUUGCGAGGCAAAGGCCCUUCUGGUAUCGCGACCGUUUACGCGAGGAGCUGCAAGAACGCCGCGAGGCGGUGACGCUGUUGCAGAAACUAAGCGAAACUGCCGACGUCUUUUACAUUCUCAGCCGGGCAACGCACGACGGCUAUCCGCUACAACAACAGAGUGUGCCGCCGUUUAGACCGAUGCGCCACAUGCUCAUCUACACCUACAUGAUUCUCAAAUACACGUCGAGGUGGCUGUUUUACCGCGUGGCGGCGGCCAUGGCGUGCCGCUCUGCAAGCGCCGGCAGCGAGGUGCGGGAAGUGAUUAACCCAGCCAAGAACAAGAAGAUUGGGGAGGUGGCGGCUCGUCAUGGUCUCGAUGCCGUCGAGUUUGAGCGAAUUCUGUCUGCGCAGAUGCGGGUAAGGAAGGGCCUACCACUACUGCACGACACUGGUGAACUGCAGGGCUGGUUUGAUCACAACAAGACAAUAUUUUCUCCCCUCAAUCAAGUUACCAUGUUGUCUGGUAGACAAGAAUACGCUCCCAUACGAGUGUACUAUCCUCCAUGCAGAGGCGUCGUGCGCGAGGCUGAGGCGUCUGCGCAAGGCUCGACGUCGCAGGUUGUUGGAGCGCAUGUCAAUGACUGGAGCAAGAGCGCAGGGGCAGAGACCAUCUCUCAGAACCGGCUUUUAUAUGUCGACAAAUUAAAUACACCUAUUUGA